AUGGAGCUUGCGCAGGACGACCUGGCCGCGGACGCAGGCUGCGAGGAGAGCGAGGACGCGCAACCGCCUCCGCCCGCGGACGCACGCUGCGAGGAGAGCGAGGACGCGCAACCGCCUCCGCCACCACUCGAACGUGAAAUAUGCGUCCGCUUGGACCCGCAGAACGAGUGCUUCGACGUGCUUGACCGGCACGAUGGGCUCGG